AUGAAGACCGUGCUGGCAGCCUGCCUGCUGGCCCUGGUGGCCACCGGAGUGGGCGCCCGCCAGCUGACUGGCCAACCAAGCGUGGGCGGAUUUGUGGACACCGAUGCCAGCUCCUGGAGCAACGGGCCCGCCAGCAGCGCCGGUAAGGCCUGGGGCGAGGUUGAUGCCAGCGGCGCCAGCGCCGGCAGCAAGGCGCUCUCAUGGGCGGGCGAGGGCGGCUCCUCCGCGGCCGACGCCAGCUCGACCGCCGUCAAGCUGGGCUCCGGCGGCGGCCAGGGCACUGUGGACACCUCCGCCGAAACUGCCGCCCAGAACAACGGCAACGCCUUCGCUUCGGGCAAGGGCAGCGUCACCCCCAGCCUGCUGAGCGCCGAGAGUGUGGCCAAGUCCUCCUCCGGCCAGGGCGGGUCCGCCUCGGCUUCUGCCAGCGCCGAUGUCAGCUCCUCCGGCGGUAAGGACCACCCCAAGCCCCAGCCGCCCAAGAAGCACCCCAAGCCGCAGCCGCCGAAUAAGGAGCCCAAGCCGCAGCCGCCGAAGAAGGAGCCCAAGCCGCAGCCGCCGAAGAAGCCUGAGGAGCCCGAGAAGCCUGAGAAGCCCCGCCCAGUGCCUGUCAAGCCCGUCAAGAAGCACCCCAAGAUUGUCAUCGUCAAGCCAACCCCCGAGGAGGCUCCUGAGGAAGCUCCUGUGGAGGUGACCCUCAAGGCCGCUCAGGAGAAGGAGGAGGAGAUCCCCGAGUGCACCGACGGCGUGCUGGAUGUGUGCUGCCCGCUGCCGGUGACGUGCGACAAGAAGGGGAACCUCAACACAGUGUGCAAGUUCAAGGUGGUGCCCGUGCCCACCGACGCCACCGCCUCCGCUGCCGCCGACGCCACCGCCUCCGCUGCCGCCGACGCCACCGCCGGCGCCGCGGGCGCCGCCUACGGCACCCAGGCCGCCGCCCCUGCCAACGGCGCCCCCGCCGUCACCGGCUACUCUGGCCCAGCUGACUCCUCUGGUGCCAGCGGCUGCGGCUCCGCCGCCAACGGCGACGCCACCAGCAACGGAGGUGCUACCAGCUAUGGUGAUGCCACCAGCAGCGGAGAAGCCACCACCACCGGCUGCCCCACCGAGGCAGAGCCCGUCACUGAGGUCUACUACCUCGCCUCCUACCCGCCCAAGGUCUGGACCGAUGGCAAGGGCUUUGAGUGUGUGUGCCCCGAGGUUAAGUGCCCUGCCGAAGAGGAGUGCCCCGCUGAGGAGCCUGUGGUGGAGGAGGAGCCCGCUGCACUGCCCGUCCCCACGCCCAUCAUCAUCAUCAAGAAGAAGAAGGUAAAGCCGCCGGCCCCGGAGCCCCCUGCCCCCAAGCCCAAGCCCACCGCCGCCGAGGCCGAAGCCGCCGCCUCAUCCAGCGGGGGCGCUUCCAGCGCCGAGGCUCAGGCUGCCGCCGCGGCGGCUGCCAACGCCAAGAAGGCCAGCGCUGAGGCGGAGGCUGCAGCCUCAGCGGCUGCCAGCGGGAAGAACGCUGCCGCCGAGGCCGAGGCCGCUGCCAAGGCAGCGGCUUCCGCCAAGAAGGAGGCCGAGGCCGCCGCCGAGGCUGAGGCGAAGGCCAAGUCUUCCAGCAACGGUGGCAAGAGCUCCUCCUCCUCGUCCGCAAGCGCCAAGGCCUCUGCGGGCGGCGGCGGCAAGUGA